GUUGUGUUUCACUGGGACCUAAAUCAUUAUUACAAUCCGCUGUUUACAUCAGAAGCGCAGAGCUGUGUUGAAGAUAUGGCGAUUGAUUGACGAAGUCGCAUGAAAAUGCGUUUAAAAGCCGAGCGAAAAUGUUUGCUUUCCCUGUGUUUAUUAACUAUGUUAAUAAGUCGGCUUUUUUAGCUAAUUAACGCAUAUAUGUUCGAUAUGUUCUGACACACCACGCACAGCAGGAUGUUGGUCGGCUACAGCAGCAGCUCGGAGGAGGAAAGCGAGACGGUCGCAGCUACCGCUCAAAAUAGAAACUGCUCUCGAAAGUGCCUAGAGGAAGAUGAUGGUAACGAUGGCUGCCCGGCGGGAAAGAAACCCAAAACUGGAGAACAGGUUCCGAAAACAAGGCUGCCCCUUCCUGGUUGCCUGUUGGCCAUGUUUCCAGAGGAAGCGGACCCACAGACUGACGACAGUGCUCUUCAUGGUGGACGCAUACGCUCCUUCAAACACGAGAGAGGCAACUGGGCCACCUAUGUUUAUUUACCAUACCAUCCUGAGGAGGAGUUCAGGGAGCUGUUGGAGGAGCUGCUCUCAGUAGCAAAGGCUCAUGGUGUGGUUUUGAGCGCUCAGGAGGAGUUCCACCUCAGCCUGUCUCAGACUGUGGUGCUGAGACACCACUGGAUCCAGCACUUCACACAGAGCCUCAGAGCAGGCCUGGUGCACUGCAAGAGGUUUGUGUGCUCAGCAGAGAGACUGAAGGUCUACUGCAAUGCUGAGAGAACCAGGACAUUUUUGGGGAUAGAAGUGUCUACUGGACAUGCUCAGUUGUUGGACCUGGUCCAAGUAGUGGACAGAACAAUGACAGAGUUCCACCUGGACACCUUCUAUAAGGAUCCGUCUUUCCACGUGAGUCUGGCUUGGUGUGUUGGAGACAUGACAGAACAGAUGAAGGAGUGCAUUAAGGAGCUGCAGGGACUAAUUGAUGAACAUGAAGAAGGACCAUUUGUGCUAAGGUUGGACUGUGUGGAGCUGCGCUGCAAGACAGGAAAUAAAACCUUUCACUUCCCUCUGGAGCCCUGACACUUGACACGUACAUUUACAGCUGGCCGACAAUAAAUGUGAUAGGGCUAGGGAGAGAACUGAAUGAUACGAUUAAGGCCAAAACAAUAACAUUUUCAGAGUAUCACAUCUGUGUCAAGUACAGGAGCCAUGCAGGACUAAUCCAAUCCAAUGCAGCUGCUAUUAAAGUGUUGGCAGAGAGGAUGUAAUCACUGUAAUCAUCAUAAUCACUGCUAACAGAUAUGCAGCAUGUCCCAACAAAGACAGUCAAGGCUAACUGGCAAAAAUAAGGAAAAAUAUAUGAUGUUACUGUAUUUUUUUAUGUUAUUUUUAAUACUGUAUAGAAAUAAAGCUGUUACUGUUUCUGUA